AAGCGGCAGCUAACAUUUACGCGCUAACGCUUCGCGGGAAAACAUUGCUAGCGGAAACAUGUCCAAUUUGAAAGUUUUGCGCGGGAAUCUAGCGCGGCAAAUUUUUAACUCGUUCGCUGGUGCCAAAAAUGCUAAAAAAUCUAAUAGAGAACUGUUGUCAUACAGUCGUCUUUUGAGUAGAAGUUUAGCUACUCAAACAGCAACAGCAGUGGACAAUAAAUUUUUAAGUUCUCCAUGGGGUGAAAUACAAGUCGGGAAGGAAACCUUGACUGAUUUUGUGUUUUCGGAUAUCGAAUCAUGGGCAGAUGCGCCUUCAGUGACAUGCGGCGCUUCGGGACGUUCGUACGACUACGGGAUGAUGCGUAUGAUGAUCGAGAGGUGCGCGGGCGCUCUCGCCGGCCCACUGAAACUGGCUCACGGAGACAGGAUCGGCCUGAUCCUGCCUAACAUUCCCGAGUUCGUCGUGCUCAUUCACGGGGCUAUGAGAGCGGGCCUAGUUGUGACCUUUGCGAACCCCCUCUACACAGCUGAUGAGGUGAAACGCCAGUUCAACGACUGCAAUGUGAAGGCCAUAGCUACCAUUGAAAUGUUCAUGCCGGUAGCACAGGAGGUGGCUAAGGCCCUCAAGGAUUACAAAGGCACCAUCUGGGUUGGGGGAGAGGACGAUAAGAGCCAAGGCGUAUACGGCCUCCGAUCAUUGCUAAUGGCUGACCACCAGGCGGAUCUGCCAACUGUGAACGCUGAAGAGGUCUGCCUGAUCCCGUACUCUAGCGGCACCACAGGAAUGCCGAAAGGCGUGAUGCUGACACAUCAAAACCUCGUAAGCAACCUGAAGCAAACGCAGUGCCCGAAGAUGAUGAAGUACGAAGGAGAAAAAGGCAAAGGCGAUGUGCUUCUAACGGUACCACCAUUCUUCCACAUCUAUGGCUUUAACGGAAUCCUGAAUUACAACCUCAAGCUCGGUUACCACGUUGUCACAAUGCCAAGAUUUACGCCGGACGACUACAUUAAAUGUUUAGUAGAAUAUCAGCCGACGACGUUGUUCGUCGUGCCGUCUCUUCUAGCCUUCUUGGCUACCCAUCCGUCUGUGAAGAAAGAACAUCUGCAAUGGGUCGAGACCAUCAUGGUGGGCGCUGCACCGACUACUGACAGCAUGCUGGAGAAGUUCUUGUUGAAAUGCGAAAAAACUAAGGACCAAAUUAAAUUAUUGCAAGGUUACGGCAUGACGGAGAGUUCUCCCGUGACCCUAAUGACACCGUACUCGUACCCGUACAGCAAAGUGGGGUCGGUAGGACAGUUGGUGCCGAGCACACAGGCUCGCGUGGUGUCACUGACCACGGGAGAGAUGCUCGGACCUCACAAGUCUGGAGAACUGUGGUUGAGAGGACCGCAAGUCAUGAAAGGAUACUGGAACAACGAGAAGGCGACAAAAGAAACAGUAGACAGCGACGGCUGGCUGCAUACGGGCGACGUUGCAUACUACGACGACGAAUUCUAUUUCUACAUAGUUGACCGCACCAAAGAACUCAUUAAGGUUAAGGGCAAUCAGGUAUCACCGACAGAAUUAGAAAAUAUAAUUAUGGAGCGUCCAGAAGUAGCAGAUGUCGCCGUAGUCGGAGUUCCUGACCCGUUGGCGGGAGAAGUCCCCAAAGCGUUCGUAGUUCUCAAGCCCAAACAGAAGCUCACGGAGAAAGAUAUCACCGACUUGGUCGCACAGAAGCUCACUAGAUAUAAGCACCUUGACGGAGGCGUCGUAUUUUUAGAAUCAAUCCCAAGGAACGCGGCCGGUAAAAUCAUGAGAAAUGAACUCAAAGUUCUUGGCAUUAAGAAACGCUAGUUACCUGUACAGAGUAUUCGAUACCAUAGUAUUUUUGUAAUAUAGUUUUAAGCGAGGUUUAUUUUUAUGUAGAUUUAUAGGACUGAGUUGUUAUUGUAAUCUAGUUAAUUAAGUUUUAUUCCAAAAGCCUACUCUACGUACCUAUGUAAAUAGAUUUUUUGUUGAAAUAAAUCGUUAUUUUUUA